ACUACAAACCCUAGCUGAGAGACUCGCACACAGAGGCUUUACAAAAGCGUAAAUUGAGAGCUCUCUUGAUUACCUGCAAAACCAAAAAUGGCGACAGCUAAAACUGUGAAGGACGUGUCACCUCAUGAAUUCGUCAAGGCUUACGCUGCCCAUCUCAAGCGAUCCGGCAAGAUUGAGUUGCCCCCAUGGACUGAUAUUGUGAAGACUGGUACACUUAAGGAGCUUGCUCCUUAUGACCCUGAUUGGUAUUACGUGAGAGCUGCUUCUAUGGCAAGAAAGAUUUACUUGAGGGGAGGCCUUGGUGUCGGUGCUUUCCGUAGGAUCUAUGGUGGAAGCAAGAGGAACGGGAGUCGCCCACCCCAUUUUGGCAAGAGCAGUGGUUCCGUUGCUCGUCACAUUCUUCAACAAUUGCAGAACAUGAGCAUUGUCGACAUUGACCCAAAGGGUGGAAGGAGAAUCACUUCAAGCGGUCAAAGAGACCUCGACCAAGUGGCCGGACGUAUUGUGGUUGCUCCAUGAUCAAUCAACGUUGUGAUUUGCUAAAGAAUAUUAGUUCAUUUGGUUGUUUAGUUUACUGUUUUAGUAUGUUGGGGAGGUGUUAAUGCAGCUAUGAGAUUACUUGUUAUAUUAAAUUUUUGGUUACAAUUUUGAGACACAUUGUUCCCUUCAGUUAUCUUUCUAUUUAUGACAUUUCUCAUGA